UUCCCGUGCUUCAGUUCAUUUCACGGCAAACGCCACUCCAAAUCUUGUCGUCGAAGUUUCAAGUUCAACCGGAAUUUCCCGCCAGCGUUACUGUUAGCUUCCUCCACACAAGUUCUUCCUCGCGUCUUCUCCAGCAUGAAGAUUCGGGAACGCCUUCUUCUUCCUCUGUGAAAUGGGAAGAACUGGAGAUGGAAGCCCCGAAGCGAAAUCUCAGAGCUCGAAAACCCCUCUCAGAUUGUACCAACACCGUCCUCUCCUCGCAAUCGUCGGCAUCGAAUUUUUCCUCUGUAAUCAAACCCCGGAGACGUGUAAUCAAGUCCGCGGUUAAAGAUGCUGUCAACAAUGAGAAGAAAGGCGAAUCAAGUUUUACGUCUGCAUCCGCAUCCCUUAAUUUGCAAGCUUCAAACCCUAGUUCUGAUUGUCUUCCUACAGAACCAAACCCUAGUUCUGAUUGUCUUCCUACUGAACCAAACUCCAGUUCUGAUUGUCUUCCUACUGAACCAAACGCUAGUUCUGAUUGUCUUCCUACUGAACCAAACGCUAGUUCUGAUUGUCUUCCUACAGAACCUAGUUCUAGUUCUCUUCCUGCAGAGGCUUCUACUCCUACGCGGCGCGCAGAUUUGCCGUCUAGUUCAGGAACAGAUCGUGUUUCGGAGCCCCAGUCAUUCUACAGUAGGAGGCACCCUACAAAUAAAAGGAAGAGCACGGAGAUAGCAUUUACACCAUUUAUUUUCGCUACCGCAUCAAAAAUCCAUACCAUGGGUGAGAAAAGAGAUGGAUACAGCAGCCCAUCCAAAGCGAGGACCGUUCCGUGUAAAAAGCAAAAUAUGUAUUCUGACCUUUCUCCCAGAAAUGUGAUGCUAAGUUUUUGCAGAGGCAACGUGGAACAAUAUAUGGAAAAGAUGAGUCCAAGAUUGAGCUUCCACGGGAAUUUGUUGAGAAGCAGAAAGCAUAUUUUUCAGAAGUAGAUGCAUUUGAUCUAGUGGUAGAGGAGGCUAAAUCAUCCGACUCGGAGUAGACGGUGCUGUAUAGUCUUGUGAAGCAUAGGCAAUGUAACCAUUCAAGUUAGUAGUCUGUAUGGUGAAGCUGUUAUAAAGCUCAUUACUCAUAGAACGGCUUGCUCAGUUAGUCAAUCAAAUCAGGUGCUGUUUUCUCCCUCUACUCUUCAUAA